UCGAUCAGAUUCUCAAUUGGUUCCAAUAAAAACCCCAAAAGACAAAGGAGGAAUUGAGAUUGAUCGAUCAUUUGAUCACAUUGGCUGAUUCUUGAAUCCCUCUCUACCUCUCCCCAACGAUAAGAGUUUUAUCUCAAGGACAACCAAGCAGCCUCAAUCUUCCCGUCCACUUAAAUACCACUCCACUCUCUCUCUCUCUCUCCCCAUUUCUCUCCCACACUCAUCUCUCUCUCUCUCUCUCCACAUCUCUCUCCCUAAAAAUGGCUUCAGCUACAUCCCCCACCUCACUCUCACUCCUCCCCACUACUUCCUCCUCCUCCAGCUCCACCCGCUCUCGCGCAUUCCUCAACACCCGCUUCCUCAACUCCCCUCUCCGCCGUGGCCUCGGUUUCGCCGCCUCCGCCGCCGACCCACUUCUCUCCAUCCAUGUGGCCUCUAAGCUCCGAUCCUUUGCAUUCUCUGCAAAACCCAUCAGGGGUGUGGCUUCCAUGGCCAAGAAAAGCGUGGGGGACUUGGGUGAAGCUGAGUUGAAGGGCAAGAAUGUGUUUGUGAGGGCUGAUUUGAAUGUACCAUUGAAUGAUGCUCAAGAAAUUACUGAUGAUACUAGAAUUAGAGCUGCUAUUCCCACUAUUAAAUACUUGAUGGCUAAUGGUGCCAAGGUCAUUCUUUCCAGUCAUUUGGGACGUCCAAAAGGUGUAACUCCAAAAUUUAGCUUGGCACCUCUUGUUCCAAGGCUAUCUGAACUCCUUGGAAUUGAGGUCAUAAAGGCUGAUGACUGCAUUGGCCCAGAGGUUGAGAAAUUGGUGGCUUCACUUCCUGAAGGCGGUGUACUGCUUCUUGAAAACGUCAGAUUUUACAAGGAGGAAGAAAAGAAUGACCCUGAAUUCGCAAAGAAACUUGCCUCAGUUGCUGAUCUUUUUGUGAAUGAUGCUUUUGGUACAGCACACAGAGCACAUGCCUCUACCGAGGGAGUAACAAAGUUUUUGUCGCCAUCUGUUGCUGGUUUUCUUUUGCAGAAGGAACUGGACUACCUUGUUGGAGCAGUUUCUACUCCCAACAGGCCAUUUGCUGCUAUUGUUGGAGGUUCAAAAGUGUCAUCCAAGAUUGGAGUGAUUGAGUCUCUCCUAGAGAAGUGUGAUAUCUUGCUGUUGGGUGGAGGUAUGAUCUUCACCUUUUACAAGGCACAAGGUUUAUCAGUGGGAUCUUCUUUGGUAGAGGAGGAUAAGCUUGAACUUGCAACAACACUUCUCCAAAAGGCCAAGGACAAGGGUGUUUCCCUUCUGUUGCCAAGUGAUGUCAUUGUGGCAGAUAAAUUUGCUGCUGAUGCAAACAGCAAGACUGUGGCAGCUUCAGCUAUCCCCGACGGAUGGAUGGGAUUGGACAUUGGACCAGAUUCAGUGAAGACAUUUAAUGAAGCUCUGGACACCACCAAAACUGUCAUCUGGAAUGGGCCAAUGGGAGUGUUCGAGAUGGAGAAGUUUGCGGCUGGAACAGAGGCAAUUGCAAAGAAACUAGCAGAACUGAGCGGAAAGGGAGUUACAACAAUCAUUGGAGGUGGAGAUUCAGUUGCAGCAGUAGAGAAAGUAGGAGUUGCUGAACUGAUGAGCCACAUAUCAACGGGUGGUGGUGCCAGUUUGGAGUUGCUAGAAGGCAAAGAACUCCCUGGUGUCGUUGCGCUAAAUGAAAAAGUAACAGUGUCCACCCGGUCGGUGUCUGUGUAAGAUGGUUAAAAAGUGUAUACUAUAAUUUUUCUUUACGCCAGAUUCUGUGUUUUUUUUCCAUAUAUGUAAGUUGAGAAAUGUUGUUGGAAUAUAUGAGGUCCUGUAGAUGUUUACCAUUGCCUUUAGAGAAGGUUGUCCCAAUUCGCCUCCUAUUUUCUUUGUCAAAUUACUAGAGAAAACUAUGACAUGUAUUGCCUUUUAGGCGCUUCAAUAAGAUGGGUUUUUUCUUGUA